AUGACGAUAGGAGCUGCUCGUAGCAUGCGCGCAGGAUGCUCAAUGGAUGUCAACAGCAUUGGGUGCAAGGAUGCAGAGCGCAGCGUGCGUGCAGACUGCGCAACGCACGUAGGCAGAUCGUGGGAUGGACGUGGCAGUUUGGCUGAAAAUGUGCUGGAGUGGGUCUAG